AUCACUCUUAUCUUUUUUUCUAAAUCCUCCCCCCUCUCCCCUCCUCAUUCCUCCCACUCCUCCAUUCCAUUCUUUCUUCUUCAUUCUAAUCUCGCUCCCUGGCCUCAUUCCCCUUCCGUAUAUCUGGACCUCUCCAUUCAUCCCUCUGCACUGUUGCUGCACCACCCAGUAACCCGCAACACCCCCUUCCUCCUCAGCAGUAACAACAACACCUCGAGCGCACGUCAGCGACACUACCCACUCUCUUUGGCGAUCUCUCGGCCUGAAGUAUCGCCAGCAUGAAGUUCUCUCAUCAGCUGCAAUUCAAUGUCGUGCCCGAAUGGGCCGACUACUAUCUGGCGUAUUCAAACCUCAAAAAGAUCAUCUACCAGGUCGAAAAGGACUUGGUUGCUGCCGGUGCUCCCUCCAGCAGCGAUAUCGAGUCGGGACAGGCCGAACCCAAUGAACGAUCCGGGCUGCUCUCCACAAGCAGGCGCGCUCAGGCCAAGACUAGAGCCAACAAUCUGUUCUUGCCCGCCCUUGAUAAGGAGCUCGAAAAAAUCGUAACCUUUUACUACAAAAAAGAGCGUGAGCUGUAUUCUGAGGUCGAGGCAUUGGCCGUCGAUGUCGAGUUUGUCGAGAACUUUGAUCCAGUUGUAACGGGGCGAUUGGCGAGCUCGGGAAUCGUUAAUCAAGGCAAGACCGUAAGCGGAGGCAACGUACGCAGGACCAGGACUCGCAACAACAGCAGGGGAAGCCGCGGAUCGGUUCAAUUGGGACGCUCUGGCAGCUGGCGUUAUGAUGAAGCAGUCGCACUUGCAAAUGCAGCUGCACAAAAGUCUGCAGAAGACGCUACUCCCAAUCCAGCAGCGACCGUUAGUGAACACGGGCAUGGACACGAAGCAGGACCAUCGGACCUCACGGCCACGGAGGUGCACCCCGAGGCAGAACAGGGGCAAGAGUACGAGGAGGACGACAACGAGGACGAAGAUACCAGGAGCCUGUGGUUCGAACCCGAAAUGGAGCACGAGCGAAUGCGCUAUCGUCACAACUGCAUCGAGAUGUUCGUCAACCUGUCGGAACUGCAGGCCUAUGUUAAGCUCAACUGUACCGGGUUCUCAAAGAUCUUGAAAAAGUACGACAAGAUCUCGGAGAACAACACCAAAAAGGUUUACAUGAACCAGGUCGUCCUCCAAGCAUACCCCUUCAAGCAAGAGACCACUAUCAAGCUGCAAGAACAGAUCGAUCGCGUCACUGCCAUCUACGCACACAUCUUCACCAACAAUGAUCUCGAAGUUGCCAAGCGAUCGCUGCGGAUGCAUCUCAAGGAGCAUAUGGUCUGGGAGCGCAACACGAUCUGGCGAGACAUGAUUGGCAUGGAACGCAAGAGCCAGGCUGUCGCUGUCCGACCUUCAUCCGAACUCAAGAAGGAACCGAUCACAUUCAACACCCCAUGCGGUGCUUUCCAGCUGCCAGAGUUUGUCACGCGGGAUACGCUCGUGAUGGUCUUUUGUUGCGCGGUGUUCGCUGUUCUUCUCAACGUGGAGUUGUUUGAGGAUCCUGAGCAACAGAACUGCUUUGCCAUCCUCAUCUUUGCAUCGUUGCUCUGGGCAACUGAGGCCAUGCCCUUGUUUGUCACCUCACUAUUGGUCCCGCUUUUGGUCGUAAUGCUGCGUGUGAUGCGAGCAGACGAUGAAAAUCACACGCGACUGGAUUCUCGCGCGGCAGCCAAGAAAAUCUUUUCGCUCAUGUUCUCUCCUGUGAUCAUGCUGCUUCUCGGAGGAUUCGCCGUGGCUGCAGCCAUGAGCAAAUUCCAUAUUGCCAAGGCCAUGGCCACGGUUGUCCUCUCCAAGGCGGGAACCCGUCCAAGCGCUGUGCUGUUGGCCAAUAUGCUUGUCGCGACUGUUGCGAGUAUGUGGAUUAGCAAUGUGGCUGCUCCGGUUCUCUGCUUCUCCCUAAUCCAGCCCAUCCUUCGCACGCUGCCUCCAGGAUCUUCGUUCGCAAAGUGUCUGAUCCUGGGUAUUGCUCUGGCUUCGAAUGUGGGCGGUAUGGCAUCACCGAUCAGCUCACCCCAAAACAUCAUCGCGAUCGAGUACAUGAGCCCUGCACCCAGCUGGCUUGAAUGGUUCGUGAUCGCGUUGCCAGUGGCCCUGGUCUGCGAUUUGGCGAUUUGGGCGCUCUUGCUCUGGGUCUACCAGCCUUCCAGUAACACGCCGACGAUCAGCACGAUCCGCUCGACCAAAGAUCCGAUUACGGGGACUCAGGUCUUUGUGUGCGCCGUCACCGGUGUUACGAUUAUGCUCUGGUGCUUUGAACAUCGCCUCGAGUGGCUGUUUGGAGACAUGGGUCUGAUUGCCAUCAUUCCUUUACUCGCGUUCUUUGGAACCGGUAUCCUUACGAAGGAGGACUUCAACAACUUUUUGUGGACGGUCAUCAUUCUCGCGAUGGGAGGCAUUGCUCUUGGCAAGGCUGUGGAGUCAUCAGGCCUGCUGCACGUCAUUGCAAUGGCGGUUCAGGGAUAUGUCAAGGAUAUGUCGGCGUUCGAGGUCUGCUGCGUGUUUGCAGCAUUAGUUCUUGUGGUUGCGACCUUCAUCUCUCAUACUGUUGGCGCAUUAAUCAUCCUGCCGAUUGUGGCACAAGUGGGCGCCACUCUGCCCGAUCCUCACCCGCGCCUGUUGGUCAUGUCGGCCGCAUUGAUGUGCUCUGGUGCUAUGGGCUUGCCUGUUUCUGGUUUCCCCAACAUGAAUGCGAUCAUGAUGGAGGAUGAGAUGGGUCAGCAGUACUUGAGUACUGGCGACUUCUUGAAGGUCGGAGUUCCCUCGAGUGUUGUGGCGUGCGCGACGAUUGUGACCCUCGGCUACGCUUUGAUGAGCGCUCUCGGUUGGUAAUCUGGCCUGGAGGCUUCUUUUUUUUUUUUUUUUUUUUUAGACUAGAGUGCAGCCUGUAGAACAGAUUGAUUUUAGAGUCGCGUUGGGAUGGAAGGGGAAGGUAUGAGGAGGGGAAGGGAAGGUUGCAGUAGAAGGAGGCUUGCAUUGGGCGCAGCGCUGUAUAAUUAGAUCUGCUUUGCCUUUAGAGUCCGCGACACAAAACAAAGAACCAGCGAUAGUACACUCAAAGUUUUAGCCCAGCCCAAAGCUGGCUAUAUUCGCUUUAGAUAGGUUCAAUAAAUGAUCACUUAGCC